UUAGUAGCAAAGCAACCAAAGUACCAACAUUCUUAUCAGGCAUCACAUGGUAGCAGCCAAGGAAACAUAUUUCCAUCUCUCUCUCUCUUUUUGUUGGGUUUUGGACAUUCAAACAGAGAAUUGCGCCAAAAUCUUGAAAUUGCGAAUCAUCUGCAGAUCUCACACAUUUAUUCACAAAUAUAAUAAUGGAAUUGCCGUUGCCGUUKCCAUUGCCCCCACUCUCGAAUCUUCAUUCAUUAUCCAUUAUUUGGGCCCUUCCACAGCUGUCUCUGUCUCUGUCGCCGAGCCAUUGGUUUAUCAAAUCAACGCUCUUCCUCCUCCACUCCACUCAAAUUGAAGCUUGGCUCGCUCGCUCGCAAAAUGCACGCCUCGCACUCGCCGCACCUUGCAUUCUCCUUCCUCAUCCUCGCCGCCGCCGCCGCCGUCGUCUCCGCCACCGACCACAUCGUCGGCGCCAACCGCGGCUGGAACCCUGGCAUCAACUACACUCUCUGGGCCAACAACCACACCUUCUUCGUCGGCGACUUCAUCUCAUUUAGGUAUCAGAAGAUCCAAUACAAUGUGUUCGAGGUGAACCAAUCAGGGUACGGCAACUGCACCACAGAGGGGGCGUUUGGGAAUUGGAGCAGUGGCAAAGACUUCAUCCUUCUCAAGGAGGCCAAAAGAUACUACUUCAUUUGUGGCAAUGGGCAGUGCUACAAUGGCAUGAAGGUCACCAUUCUUGUCCAUCCUCUUCCUCCUCCUCCAUCUUCUCCCCUUGCCGCCAAGCAUUCCUCGCCCUCGUCUGCCCCGGCCCGGUUGGGUUCUUGGCCGACACGGAUUCAGGCUCUGCUCGUUUCUCUGGCUUUGAUCUGGUUUGGAUCUGAAUGGAUUUAGUUUUUUCUUAUCCAUGGCAGAAAACAACUAGUUUUAGUUCUGAAAUCCUUUCUGUGUUUUAGAUUUGGUUAGAAGAAUUGUGUGUGUCUCCCAAUUUCCAAACUUGUGGGAAGAUCAGGAAGGAACAUUGGUUUUGGUUGAUUGUUUUUUACUUUUGUGGGGUGGUUUUGAAUGCUUGGUUCGUUCUAAUUUGUAAUGACAAAUCCCAUUCAGGUUGUUGAAUUUCCUCUUCAGUUGCCCCCAGAUUGUGGGAGAAUGAGCAUUUGUCAUGGUUCACAAA